AUGACAACAACACCGACUCCGUCGUUUCCAAUGUUAAUAAACUAUUAACUACAGUGUUAUAUCACAUAAAGCGUCUUUUAGCGUUGGUGCGAUCCGUUUCUACUUUCUGGGACAGCACACGCCGCCGUCGCUGUUUUCGACGCGAGUUCGCGCGAGCCAUACGGACGUUUGCAUAAUAUACAGUGUGUAUUAUUAUAGUUGUGUAACAAUUAUUAUAUGAGCGAGCGUGCCAAAAUUAUCGAAACGACAUCAAAACAAUAACAACAACAACAGGGACGACACCAGCGUAAACACGGUAGCUUUUGUGCGUGCGCGCGCGCGCCAGACAUGUCUGCCUGCAACGGACAUUGUUGAACCACAGCAAACCAUCGGCCGUCGUCACAGACUUUGAUUUGCGAGCAGCCCACCCAGUGAGGUAGGUUAUAAACCGUAGAAAACAGCACAGACAGACCUCGGGUAGUAAGUUAUACGACCUCGGGGCUCUGUAUAUUGGUAUGGGUUUUUUCACGGUCGCUUUUAUUUUGUGAUUAAUCAUUUUUCCCCUUUGUGUUUUCCUUUGCUCGCUGACGAUCCUGUACAGUUUUCGACGGGUUUAAACCGUUCGUUUAAAUAUUUUCUUACCUACUGGUAUUAUAUUCCAAAUGUUAAUUGUAUUUAUCCCGUUCGAGGGCAAUCGCUAACCCUGUUUAGAUACUACUCAAUUAUGAAAUCCAGUCGCAAGGUUAAUGUAAUAUUUAAACAUACUUAGUUACCUAUACGUUUAGUCAUGCUUACUGAUUAGUUUCAAAUAUUUUAACUAGGGCACGGAUUUGUAUGUAAUAAAAAAGUCCAAACAUGUAAAUAUUAUGUUGUUAUUUUUGACAGUUUGUACUUCAAAUUAAUUUUUUAUUUUCAAUCAUAUAAAAGUGUUGUAUAUAUAUAGGUUUAUUAAAUUAAAUUGAAUUUAGGAUAAGUAAAUUGUUUUUUAUUUUAUUUUUUCAUAAAUAAAUAGAUAAUUAAAUUUAAAUGUAUAGCGGUUAUGUCUCAAAACUGAUUUGUAGCGACUGAAGGCACGUUCAACGUCAAUAAUGAGAAAUAUUUCAUACUUCAUGUGUUUUCAUUUUUAUUCAGAAGAAUAUUUUUAAUAGCUUUUAAUGUCAUACUAGUUAUACUGUCUAUGGAAAUUUAAUAAGUACCUAAAUAUGAAUAUACAAAAUAUUUACCAAAUGUGUACUUAUUGGUAAACUGUUUAUAAAUAUGAAUUAUUUAAAAUAUUUGUAUCUUAUUUUAUUUAGGGUGUUAUGAAACAUGCUUAUUUUUAAUCAGAAUUAAGAAAUCUGCAUUUAAUGAAAUUAUGUAUUUACGUAUAAAUCCGAACCCUAAUUAUAACAUAUAAAGAACAUAAAUUACUAGAUAUUAAUUUUGAUCAGUAAAGUAAGGUAUCUAUAGUAAAUUUUAAAAAUAAUUUAAUAAAGUUGUGAUUGCCUGUUAUGAUUAGGUACAUCUAAAAAAUAUUGAUCUAUGUUUAAUUUUUCUCUGCUAAAAUCUGAUACCUACUAUUAUGUUGGAUUAUUUUAAAUAAUAUAUAAUGGUAUGGUUAUGGUUUAGGUUAAUCAUAAAUUAUUUAAUCUUGCAAUCAUUAUUUUAACAAAUUUCUUGCUAUUUUAUUAUAAUAGAAAUUCUUACUAUAGAUAAAUAUUCAAAACAGAACUCUCAUAAAUAUUUUGACCAUUUUUUAAGAACUGAACAGUGACUUAGUACCUGUCAUGGUUAUCUCUGUAUUUUUCCGUGAUUAAAACAAAUCUUUCAAGUACGUUAAAUAAAAUAAAAACCAUAUAACUAAUUUCCACAAUAAUUAUCUUGCAUCUGAUUUUUCAUCUUAUUAUUUUGUUGAUUAUAAAGAAAGAAAAAAUGGAAUAAUUUAAUUUAAAACAGUAAAAUGAUAUUUUGUAUUAAAUUUGUAUGAGAAUGAAAUUUCAAAAUGUAUGUAUUGUUGAUUUUUAUUUUUAAUUAGUUUACUAAAUACUAUUAAACUUAAAACAAAAAAUUGAAUACUCCUUUUUGUCAGUAUUAAAUACAAAUUUUUCAUAAUUUUUUAAAAUAAAUAAAUGUAUAAACAAACUAUUAUAAAUGUAGGUAUUAAUUUUGGAACUUAUUUUGAAAGAUACAUAUUUGUUUACCUUUAUUAGUUUGUUUUUAUUUAGGCUAAAGGUACAUAGAAAAUUUAGGUUAAACACUAAUUGUAAUUAUUAAUUGCAUUUAAAACAAGUAGGUAAGAAGUUUCCAUUCAAAUUAUAUUUGUAUCAAUAUAAACAUUAUAUUGUAUUAUGUCCAGAGUUGGGUACUUUAAUUUUUAAAUGUAAUAUAAUUACUAAUGCUCUUGGACUUAAAAUUAACAAAAAAAGCACCUUAAAAAAUAUUAUAAAAACAACCUUUCUAACAACUUAUCUUGCUUAUUCAAAAUAUUUUUUUAAAAAUAAUGAUUAAUAAAAAGUAAUUUUGUUAAAAUAUAAUUGUACAUAUAUUUAAAAAAAAAAAAAAAAAAAACUGUUAAUAAUUUGUGUAGCGUUGAAUUUAUUAAAUUAUAGAUAGUCGUUAGGGAAAAGAAAUUUGAACCCUUCUACUGUUUUUGCCUUUUAAAUAUUCUCCAAGUGCUUUUGUUAGAGCUUCUUUUGACAAAAGCUCUAGUAAUUACAUUAAUUGUUUCAUUUUUAAAACAGGUAACAAAAUUACUCUUCUUUUUUUUAUAAGUAUAAAUUUUUCAAUAUUAGAAAAUUUAAAAGUAAAUAAUUCUAAAAAUAACAAUCAAGUCUAUUUUAUUUAUAUAGUAAAACGAUUUCAAUUUGACCAUCACUUAUUCUUGCCUAUUUUUGACUGCAUAUAUCUCCUCAAAUAUAAAUAAAUUAUAAACAGUCUUUCAACUGGUUGGAAGUGUACUAUUGUAUUUUAAAAAUAAACUUUUGAUUUUAAAAUUGAUACAUUAUCAGUAUAUAUCAUGUUGAAAUAAUAUUUCAGUUGUGAAGUAGACUGGUAGAAAUCAUCAUUAUUUAAUCUACCAUUACUAUCUUCCUCCAUUGCAAUUUCAUUAAUCUCUGCACUAAAUGAUUUAAGUUUAAACUUAGGCUACAGAACUGAAACCAAAAUAAUAGUAUUAUUUUUUAUCACAUCUUCAAACCUAGUUUGAACACGUAAUAAACAUGCAUUCGCUAAAUUUUUACAUACUCCAGCUGAAAAAGAAAAUUCUAUUUAUUCUUUUUGAAGUCAAUUUAUCAAACAUGACAUAGCCAUAGUCUAAUUAUCUUGAAGUAUAUCUAAUGCUUAAAAGUGUAAAAAUAUAUAAACAUUGUAUGAUAUUAAACAUUUUUAACAAGAAGAAUAUUGUGUUAUUAAUUUCUAAACUAAUCAAAUUUCAAUAUUAACCUUGGCUAAUAGAUUGUGGCCUCGAAAAUGCAUCAAAAACAAUUAGUUGUAUUUUAAAACAAACAUUUUACAUAUUCACAUCUUAUUUGUGUUUCUUUACCAUGUGCGAAGAUUAAAGCUCUUUUAAUUUUUAAUUAUAUUUUGAUUAAAAAGUUAUAUUUUUAAUAAAACAUUAGUGCAUUUUCAUUUGUAUUAUAUUAUUUAAUUAACACACUGAAUUAUGUUUAUAACAUUAACAAAGCACUGUAAUUCCAUGUGGUAGAUGAUUAGAAGGCAAAUUGUUGUAAGUGCCAUUUUUUAACUAUUAUCUAAUAUUUUCAAUCUCACCAAUAUAAUGUCACCAUAUAAAACACAAAAACAUUGAUUAUAAGGUUUAAAAAAUGAUGUCAACUUUUAAGUAAGAUUAAUUAAUGUAUUAUUACGACUCUUAAUAUGCUAUUGUUUAUUUUAUAAUUAUUUAAUCUGCAAAUAUCUAAUUAGUCUAAUAAAUAUAUACUUACCUCAACUUUUUUUUAUUUUAAAUUUGAGGUACUUGGUACUGAUUUGGAGUGUGUUUAAGAAUUUGCAAUUCAUUGUACUAGUUUUCAACACAUUUAAAAUAAUUGUUAUGUGUUGACCAUGGCAAUGGAAUAUUAUCACUAUAGUUGAACAUUGUGGGCGAAAAAUAAUAAUUAUAAUUUAUGAAUAAUCAACAAUAUAAAUAAAGCAUUAAACAAAUAAUAAACAUCAAAUGACUGAGUGAUAAACUGACUAAUGAGUGUACUGUGUUGCUACCGACCAUCAGUAACUGUAUAUCAUAACAAAUAUUUGAAAACAUCAACAUUCUAGGCGAUUUCCAACUAAAAAUAGACAUUUAUAUCACAAUACAAUUUCUAUAGCAAAAAAACGUCAAUAAAAUAAAAUACCUUUAUAAUACCAGUGAUAUCCAAUAAUAGGUGAAAAAUUAGGAAGGUGGGAUAUAAAGGGGAAUUUAAUUUAUAUCUGUACGCAAAUGAAUAAUUUUUCAAAAAAACUUGAAAAAUCAAAGCAAAAUUGCUUGUAGAAAAGUUGUUUACAAAUAAUAAAAAUUAAACAUAGUAAAACCCAUUCCCUUCUCUUGCACUUCUGAAAAUUUAAAAGUAAUUUUGUUUCUGUAACGAGUAAUGUAUGUUACAUUACUACCUGACCCUGGUGUAGACCCAAAUUGAUGAUAAUAUGUUAUCUGUUAUUUAAAAAAAAAAAUAGUCUAUUAGUAUAAUAUUAUAAUAAUAAUAAUAUAUCUUAGGUACAAUUUACACUGCAAAUAAUAUGUUGUCUUUAAUUAAAUUUGUUUAUCAAUCACAAAUUGGUAACUAAUAUAAUAUUAAAACAAAACUUAUUUGAAUUUCGUUUGGUUAAUGAAAUUAAAUUUGGUUUUAUAAAUAGUCUUGUGAUCGAAAUUUCUCAUUUCUUCUAUAUUUAUGUCAUUAUAAUUGUUAACAGUUUUAAAUUAUUGGGUUAGUAUUACUUUAAAAAUUGCACAUUAAUUUUACAUUAAUCAGGCGUAGAUAAAUGUUAAAAAUUUUGUAAACACUUGUUGAAGAUUGAUUUUAUAGAUAGGACUGAAUAGAAUAUUUGCAUUUUAGAGUUCCAAUAAAAAAUAAUAAAUAUAUACUUGUACAAAUUUAAGACCUAACCUAACAUAUUACAUUAUUAAACUUGUUUAUAAUACUUUUUUACCUAUUUGCAGCAAGCUGAUUACAACACUUGUGCUUAGGCACAUUUCAAAGUUAACAACAGACGCCACAGUGGCUACCGCGACAGCAAGCAAAUGUUUACACCGCAACACCAACAGCUGUCGCCGAAUCGGGCGUCGAUCAACAUGCAGUCGCCCCAAACCAGUAACCUUUCAAGGGGUAUAUUCCAGAGAGGUGGGUUUGCAACCAACCCGGGAGCGGACAGGCGAAACCAUAUGCCUGGUAUUGCAUCUCUCAUGCAAGAAUGGUUUGUUUUUAUUCGAUUUACUCUUUGUUGGGUACUCCUAACAAAUUAUGUGUAGAGCUGUGAAUUUAGUACAUUUAAAAAAAGUAACCUAAAAUGUACUUAAAUUGCCAAAUAAGAUCACUAAUGAAUUUUGAAUAAAUACAAUUUUCAGUAAAUUUGAAUAUUUAAAAAUAUAAUAAGUUUUUUGUAUAACAACAUACUAUAUUAUUGAAUAGAUAAAUCAUAUAUUUUUAAUGUGCUUUAAUCAUUUCGUACAAAAAUUUAAAAAAGAAAAAAAAACUGAAGAAAUCUACCUAUGUCACAGAAUAAUAAGCUAAAUAAAAAUAAUUUUCAGACUUAUUUAUAUUAUAUUAUUUUAAAGAUUAUUUUGUAAUAUUUAGGAGUUCGACAUCACUGGCGAAUAACGCAAUGA